ACAGAUGCUGACGAAUAUAAUGGGCGAAUAUCCACAUAGCUGUGAGCUACAUCUCCUUACCACCCUCGCGGUACAGGAAUGCGACGGUCGGGACGGAGUUGUAGAUGGUAUUAUAUCGAACCCUAAAGCAUGCGCAUUCGAUCCUUUUCUGCAUAUCGGGAGGACUUUCACCUGCCUGUCUGAGCAUAAAUCUAUGAAGCUGAGCAGAGCUGCCGCAGUCAUUGCGAAUGCUAGCUGGGCGGGUCUAACUGACUCUCAUAGGAACUUCAUUUGGUAUGGGCUCAACCACGGCACUGACAUCAGUGGCGUUGUAACCAGUACCGGCAUUGCAGCAACAACAUGCAAUAAAAAUAUCUAUCAAGGUAAUCCUAUACCUCUUGCGUAUCAGUGGAUUCAGCUAUUUGUUGAAAAAGAUCCAAACUAUGAUUACACUGCUAUAACCCAACAGGGAUAUGACGAAAUAAUGCGCAACAAUCUGAUAUUUAUCUUUUCCGAACUCCAUCCACACAUACCUAUAUUUUCUCGAUACCUAACCACGAUUUUCCUAUCCUAACCAAAAGCCCAAAGAAGACAUCAUGAAAAGAAUGGAG